AUUGCAGUGUAGAUUUGAGCACAUCCAACUACGUAGAGAAAAACUAAACACUUUCUUGCAGUAAUGGUUAAAAAUAAAAUAAAAAAAAAACAAUAUGAAUGUGGAUUGGAUGUCUAACAUGUAAGCUUCCUUCCUGUUUUGAGAGGAUGUGGAGUUUUCACGCUGCGAUACACGACUCUUCUGCUCUGAUCUGAGGCUUGCAUGUCUUCAGAGACAGUACAUCUGCUGCAGCAGAUUAGAUCACCAUUGUCUGGUUGAAGAGCAAAGCCUAAAUGUCCCUGGCUUAGUGCAAAUUCCAGAUGUGAUGUAACAUCAUGGCCAGGCCCUUUAAGGGAGAAGACAUGAGUCCAUGUUGGACAGAGUCUGAUGCCCUGUCAAGUCAACUGUCAGCCUAUGUGAGAGCCAGGGGUAGGCGGGCUCUUUCAGUGUUUGACAGCCCUGUGCCUGACAUGCUGAUAAAACUCCAUGUGACUUGCUGGUGCACGCACACACAUAAACACACACAAAAAAAUCAAAACAAGGGCGAGUCAGAGGGCAUGAAAGAGUUAAAUAGACGAGAACAACCAGAAAGAGGAGUGGAAGGGAAAAGAAAUGAGAGAAGAGUACACCACUGUUUCCUGUUUGGUCCAGAUUAAGAGAGAUAUUGUUGGUUCGUUGUGUUUGCUAUUCACCAAUUUUCCUGAAGUAUUUGUACGUCUCUCUUAUGUCCCCUGUAAACCUUAACCCUUCCAGUACAUUCUUUACUAUAGGUGUCAUUACCUGGGUAACAACGGUUGACUGCGCCUGAGUGUGCCACUUUGGACUGCUUAUGUAACGCUCACCUGCUGUAAUCACGUGUGUUAAGAGUUUAUCACUUUAUGCUGCUGGAUGAUAUCAUUUUGUUUAGAUCAACAGAUCUACUUGAGAGCAGAAGCUUUUUUUUAAAACUUGAUGAUCUCUUUCAAUGUAAAGGUGUGCCUUUCCUCAGUAUUAAUGUCAGAGCGAGUCAUGAUUUAGUAAUGGUGAAGCUCUUGUUAGAUCAGACUUGAAGAACACAUUAAAGCUACAUCGCUGCAUUUCAAAACGUUUGAAACUCAUUCUUGUCUUAGAAAUAUUGUCUUGUUUGGGUAAUGCCUCAAGGUCAUUUUACUGUUUGUUCUGUUCAGAAAAGAGAGACAGAGACAGGUAACACAGUCAUGGUGUUGAUGUUACAAAUUUGUCAGUUGUAUUGUCAUAGCUAACAGAGGCAGGGUUUUACGAACGCUACAGCAGAGCAGACACUCGCACUUUGAAUGUUUGCCUUUUCCCUUGCAGGUUGUCUCCAGUCAAACAUUCCACAUACGCAGUCAUAUUUAUUGUAAAGUGUUUCCAUUUUAUUGAUCAGAUCACUUUAAGAAAAACUAGGCAACACAUUUCUUACCAUGGGACAAACAGAGGCAGGGCUAAUGAACCUGUCUAAACAGUUAAAUGACAAAUGCUGUAUUGGUCAUUUUCUUCAGGGUCGAUGGCUAACCAUAUCACUCCCAGUUAAGAAUAAAUCAAGUAUUAAAAUGGGUUCAGCUCCAUGAAAAUAUAGUGUUAUCGAUGUUGUAAAAUAUUCCUUUUUCCUGACAUAAUGUAAGUGGAAGAUGACAGGGAAUCAUACUGUUGUGCUACUGAUAGGUGUGGAGCUGUAUGUUACUUUAUCUGACUCUGGUCUUCACACUGAGCCUUAUCCAAGUCAAUAAAACUUGUCCAUGACACAAUCAUUUCACCUGAGUGUACACUGUAUGUCAAUUACAACAAACCGCUGACAGUUCUCUUUCCUCCUGCACCCACUCACCCCCUUUCAAAAGCCACAAAAGAUGAUGGUUCACACAAAAUAAACAUUUUUUAAUCAUUUCUCCAGCAAUAAUGACUCUAAAUGAGCUUUUCAUGUUUGAAAUUCACUGCUUAAUAAUGUCCACAUUAAGAUUUUGACUGUGCCCUCUGCUGAACGACCUUAUUCCAGCUUCUGUGUUUUAAGCGUUUCCUGCAAUGACCCAAGUGAUUAGUCAAUUGUUUGAGAAUAUCAUUGUUUAGAAGUUAAUUAAUCAUUAACUUUUUUGAUUAAGGUCUUUUUUUUACCUAUGCAGCACAAGUAACAAAUGAAUAUGUUCUGGUUUUACUUGUAGGUGGCUGUAAAGAUUAUUGAUAAGACGCAGCUCAACUCUUCCAGUUUGCAGAAGCUCUUCAGGGAGGUGAGGAUCAUGAAGAUGUUGAAUCACCCCAACAUAGUCAAGCUCUUUGAGGUCAUAGAGACAGAGAAGACUCUGUACCUGGUAAUGGAGUACGCCAGUGGAGGAGAGGUCUUUGAUUACUUGGUGGCCCAUGGCAGGAUGAAGGAGAAAGAAGCCCGUGCCAAGUUCAGACAGAUUGUGUCAGCAGUGCAGUAUUGCCAUCAGAAGUGUAUAGUACACAGAGACCUUAAGGCAGAGAACCUGCUGCUAGACGCAGACAUGAAUAUUAAGAUAGCCGACUUUGGCUUCAGCAACGAGUUCACCAUUGGGAACAAGUUGGAUACGUUCUGCGGCUCACCACCCUACGCAGCUCCGGAGCUCUUCCAGGGCAAGAAGUACGACGGGCCCGAGGUGGACGUCUGGAGCCUGGGGGUCAUUUUGUACACACUGGUCAGCGGAUCACUACCCUUCGAUGGACAGAACCUCAAGGAAUUGAGAGAGCGUGUGCUCCGAGGGAAGUACAGGAUCCCUUUCUACAUGUCUACCGACUGUGAGAACUUGCUCAAAAAGUUCCUCAUCCUGAACCCCUUGAAAAGAGGCAGCCUGGAGCAGCAGAUAAUGAGGGACCGAUGGAUGAAUGUGGGCUACGAGGAGGAAGAACUCAAACCUUACAUUGAACCCCAGCCAGACUACAAGGACCCAAGGAGGACAGGUACAUAUGAUAUCAUGCUGCAGAUGGGAUUCUCCCAGGAGGAAAUCCAGGACUCACUGGUGAACCAGAAGUAUAAUGAUGUGAUGGCUACAUACCUGCUGCUGGAUUAUAGGAACUCUGAGCUGGACGAAGGGUGCAUCAAGCCUCGGCCAGGAGCUGAUGUACAGCGCAGUGUGUCGUCCAACCAGAAGCCUCAGAAUCGCCGAGACCAGGGUUCCUCCUACGCAAAGAGAGGUCAAGGAGACAACCGGACUGCAGUCGAGGAUUCUGGCAGGAAGGGUUCAUCAGGCAGCUCCACUACCAAGGUGCCGGCCAGUCCGCUUGUCCCCUCUGAUCGCAAGAAGAGUGCCACGCCCUCCACUAACAGCAUCUUGUCCACCAGCACUGCUCGAAGUCGGAACUCUCCACUGUCGGAGAGCGCCACGCUGGGCCAGGGGAUCCAGAACGGCAAGGACAGCCUAAACACUCCGGGCUCCCGCACAUCUACUGCCUCAGCCGCUGCCGUCCUCUCCUCCUCCUCCUCCUCCUCCUCGCGUCCCCGCCACCACAAGUCCCUGUCCUCCUCCAAUCAUCCAUGCCCCUCUGACCUGCACGCACCACGGCCAAGUGCUCCACCACAGCGAGCGCCCGGUGCCUCCCCGUCUGCCCACAACAUCAGCAGUGCUGCUGUGUCAGACCGAACUAACUUCUCCAGGGGUGUGGGCAUCCGCAGCACGUUCCAUGCUGGCCAGCAGCGGGGUGCCCGGGACCAGCAGGGCUCCGCCUACCCUGGAGGGCCCGCUUCCCCAUCACUGUCACAUGGCAACAGCCAAACCCGGAGGACACACGGCGCCACAGGGAUUUUCAGCAAGUUCACAUCCAAGUUUGUCCGCAGAAAUCUGUCGUUCAGGUUUCCGAGAAGUCCGUAUGAGGGAGAGGGUCGAGAUGAGGGGAGCAGGUCUAUGUUGAGCAGCACAGUGGACAAGUCAGAAAAGACGUCUGGUGGUGUCCUCUCCUCCUCUUCCAACAACGAUGAGAACAACUCCUCACCAGGAUCUGGUAACACCGGCGGCACCGGUACUCCCCCUGCCAUUGCCAGCCAGAAGGACCCAGUAAAGCCUCGGUCCCUGCGCUUCACCUGGUCCAUGAAGACCACAUCGUCCAUGGAGCCCACAGAGAUGAUGCGCGAGAUCCGCAAGGUGCUGGACUCAAACAGCUGCGAGUACGAGGUGCGAGAGCGCUACAUGCUGCUGUGCCUCUCUGGCAACCCGGCACGUGACGACUUCGUCCAGUGGGAGAUGGAGGUGUGCAAGCUGCCCCGGCUCUCCCUCAACGGCGUGCGCUUCAAGCGGAUCUCGGGCACGUCCAUCGCCUUCAAGAACAUUGCCUCAAAGAUUGCGAACGAGCUGAAACUGUGAGUGCGGACACGCAGCGCAGGGAGAUGAGAGUUUAGGAGGCAGGAAGGCGAAGGGUUAGAUAAGUGAGGAUGGUGACGCGGUAGGUGGUAGGGGGCGCUGCGGAGGUCAGGAGGUGGGAUCACAUUCAAGAUAACCCAGUUGUUUUGGCGACUUAGGUCUGGAGUGGGGCCGUUGGUUCUCUGAGACUAGAAAUCAUUUCAUUUCUAGAGGUUUUGUUGAUUCAGUUGUUGAAGUCCUGCGAUCAGAAACUCUGAGCUGAUUUCUCUGAGUUGUGAAGUUCUUGCAGACCAAGGUGUUCUCUCUCCCUGCUGGGCUUCCAUUUUCUCAUCACGUUCUACUUAGACGUUCCACUCUUCUGCAUGUUCGAUCUGCUCUUUCUGUUUUUAGCAGUCACACUUUGAUCACUCUUGUCACUUCUUCCAGCUAUUUAUUCUGUUUCUCUGCGUGGUUCCUGUGGGGUGGGGAGGGAACGAGGUGGUAGUGAGGGUCAGGACAAGGAGGUUUUGGACAACACUUUCUCACCCGGUGUCUGAACCACUGACUCGUGUUUGGAGCCUCAUGUUGCUGGAAAACUCUAAAGGAGUUUGGAUUUGUUGUGAUUGUCCUCGGGACUUGAAUGGACUCAAACUGAGCCAACACACACACACACACUCUCUCUCUCACACACACACACACACACACCGCUUUUGGAUGGACAGUCUGCUGUCGAUGACUGGAGGACCCUCUCCACCUAAACACUCACUGAACCUGUCCUCUCACCAUCCACCUUUCUCUCCCCCUUACUCACCUCCCCUGCUCUUCAUCUUCCUCUCCCUCUAAUCAAACUGAACACAGCACAAACACCUCCAUCUUCUCACCUCAUCACUCCCUAUUCUUCCACCUGUUCCAUGUCUUUUGCCACCAUCUCGCGCCUCAGGCGGCCAGUCAAGACGUUUUCUCGUCCUCGCUGGUACAGACUUCAGCUGUGAGUCUGUACCUUUAUUUUGUAUUUUUUAUUUUUUAUUUUAUGGCUUUUUAAACAGAGUUGUGCACUGGAACAGAGGGGCAUCUGUCGGCACCUGGACAGUCGUCGGACAGGGUUGGUUGAUUGAUGGAAUGUUGCCUUUAUUGAAGAAUGAACCGUAGAGGGUUUUGUUGUCGCAUUCAUCAGCACAUACAUGUUGAAAUGAUGAUGCCCAGAUAAUGUGUAUUUUUUUAAUGUCGGUAUCACUUUGGUUGGCAUCACGCCUUCAUUUCUACAACGUCCACCCAGAACCAAUGCUUUUUUUUUCUUUCUUUUUUUUGUCUUUUUUUUUUCCCUUGCCUGCCCAUCUCAGCGUCACACCUUCCCAAAGAGCAAACACUCAACAGUCAUUGGAGUAUGUAAGUUAAUCAUCAAAGAUCACUGGAGAAAAAGAAGAGAAAAAAACACACAAAAAGAAAAGAAGACAACAACGGAUAGCGAGUUAUUUUCUUCCGCUUUUAAUUUGAUAAUAUAUUUUUGUGUCGUUAAAAAUUUUGGGUUUGUACAGAUUAGGAUUAUUUCGGGGGGCGGGGGGUCGGACUUGUUGUGUCAGAUCAUAUCAUUGCUGCCUUUUUGGUGUAGUGCACCUUUAACUCACUCAUGUGUACACAUACAAAGACACAUACACACAUCUCUAAAUGUUUUUGAUUAAACAAAAAAAUGCUCAAAGUGCAGGAGUUUUCCAUGUAUGGAACCACGACGAUGAUGACGACUACUGCUCAUUUUAAUUUUUUUUUUUUUUUGGUCCACUUUAAAUUUAGAUUUUAUUUAGUUUGAUGAUAUAUAUUUUUUUAACAGCCUUUUCGGUCCAAAAGCUUGAAGCAGAGCCAGAAACAGGAGAGAUUUAAGAAUGUUUCUAAUGUCACAGUGACUCUCGCUCGCUUUCACAAUAAAAGACAAAGCUGAAAAGUCACUCUUCUCACACUCUGUGAAGUUGACGCAGUAUUUUAUCAGAGCUAAAAAAAAACACACACACACACACACACAGAUGAUGAAAAAGAGGAGCCGGGCUGACCGUUAUCGUCAGCCAUUUUAACUAACUCAACACUUUUUCCUCCUUUCUAUCACAAUGACACACUGUCAAGUUGUUUUCUUUCAGUUUUUAAUACGUCAGAUUUUCCUUUAAAGUUGAUCAUUGUAUUAAGGUGCUGGGUAUUGGAUUCUAAUUAUUAUUCUGGCUGUUGCUGUUAUAUUAUCUCUUUCAGGGUUGAUUUUAUUUUACUUUUUUUUUUUUCGUUUUACAUUGCUGUAAUUUACAUUGAUUUUAAAUGUGUUUUGAGCAAACUGUAACUGUAGUGGUGGGUUCUGGGGUUGGGAGGGGUGAUCAACUCCUGAAAAAUGUAUUGUUUUUUUUGUGCAAAGACAAAAUGAUGAAAAAUUACAAUGAUAGUAAUAAAAACAAUGAUAUAAUAAA